UGUCAUACGUCAAAAAAUGUCAUGAAGUUUUGAUAGAGUUGACAGCCAUCCAAUUAUUUACCACCAAUGAUAUCUAAAUUACUUGUUUUUCGUUCAACAAAAAGCAUAAUUCCUUGUGCCUUUUCGCCAAAUAAAAUAGUGGAAAUAUUUCAGCCAGAUAUGAAGUGACAUUACGUUGGUGAAUAUUUGCGAUUACAUGUUCAGAACUUGGAAAGGACUAAAAAAGCGAAACAUGGUAAACUCAUGACAUUAAGUGGAUUGAAGCUAAUUAAAUAGUAGUAAGUCAGUCAGGUUACACAAAUAAGCUUUAUUUGUUAAUAAAAAUGAGUGAUAACACUCAAACAAAAUGGUCCUGUGAUUAUUGUACGUACGAAAACUUUCCUUCAUCCCAGAAAUGCACGAUGUGUCGUGGUCCGAGACCUUUCCAUAGCGAGGAUAUUUAUCGAUUACAUGGAAACGACGAUAAAUCGAGUACACUGCCAGGAUUAGCCGCAGGUCCCUGUGAAAACCAAUCGAAUUGGUCGUGCGAAACUUGUAUGUACGCUAUGAACACAUCCAAUGAUCAAACCUGUAUUCAAUGUGGUAACCCCGGUCUGCUGUCGUCCAAUACAUUACACGAUAACCCACAACCUUUGAGAGUAACACAGAAGUCCGAUAUUGCGCAAAGUUUGUCAAGAUCUCGUACGAACAGCCCUCCUACAAGUUUAACAAACAUCGAAAACAGCAGAAGAACAACACAGAAGUGGACAUGUCCUAUGUGUACUUACGAGAAUUGGCCGAAAUCGAUUAAGUGCUCUAUGUGCGGUCAUAUUCCAAACAAUCAACGAUCGCAAGCAUCUAGUCUUAUAAUGUCAUCGCCCGAGCGUGACAUCGAUUCCAACGUAGAUUCGAGAUACCGCACCAGCCCUAAUAUUUUAGAUACAUCCAUUUCGCAAACCUCCAAUAAUUAUGAUACGGAACGUAAAAUGAGACAGUUAAGGCGACAGGCUGACUGGAAUUGGUUAAAUGCUUGUUUGGGAAUAAUCGAAGGUGAUCCUAAUCCUAUCGAGGCGUAUUUGUCGUCGGGCGGCGAUCCAAGACGUAAGCUUACCGCUGCAGAAGUGGCUAUGUUAAAUAGAGCGUCUGCGUUUGAUGUUGAGGAUACUUUAGUUCAUUUAGCUUUAAGAUUUCAGAGAGAAGAUAUACUUGCAAUCCUGUUAUCCCAAAUAGAAGGGUCCGGUUCAGGAGUAAAACGUGUUCCUAGUUAUGUUGCACCUGAUUUAGCGGCAGAUAUAAGAAGACACUUCGCUUCGACGAUACGUCAAAGAAAAGGCAGCUUUCCCUGUAACUACGUUACAGAAUUACCCACCUUUGCCCUUCCUGCAGAGGUUGAAGAACUUCCUGGACCAGUUCAGGAGCAAUUAUUUACGGAGCUCUUAGACAAAGAUGCGCAAGAACAGCUCGAGAGCGAUCCCGCCGUAAUUAAUUGGUCUCUUGAGCUCACUGUGAGGCUUGGUUCUCGAUUGUAUGCACUCUGGAACCGUUCUGCCGGCGAUUGCCUGCUGGAUUCAGUUAUGCAAGCGACGUGGGGCGUUUUCGAUCGAGACAAUACACUUAGGCGAGCUUUGGCGGAAAGUCUCAACCAAGGAGGUCGCCUAUUUUAUCCCCGGUGGAAAGAGUAUGAGGCUACCCAAGCGUCCCUUCUUCAUUUUUCACUAGAAGAAGGGCAAUGGGAGACGGACUGGACGAGUUUAUUGUCUUUAGCUAGUCAACCUGGAACAAGUUUAGAACAGUUACAUAUUUUUGCCUUAGCUCAUAUUCUUAGACGCCCCAUAAUCGUCUAUGGGGUUAAAUUUGUUAAAAGUUUUCGAGGAGAAGCACUAGGAUAUGCUAGAUUUGAAGGUGUUUAUUUGCCCUUACUGUGGGAGCAAAGCUUUUGUGAUCGAACACCUAUCGCUUUGGGAUACUCCCGUGGCCACUUUUCAGCACUCGUUCCACUUGAACCUUACAGCAGUCGCCUUGAUCGCACACAAACGCAACAUCCGGAUGAGCUCCAAAGUAUAUUUCUACCACUGAUGGACAGAGAACGCAAAUUGCUGCACGUGCACUUCUUAACUGCUUCAGAGCUAGGUAAAGAGGAGACUAUACUAAGGCAGUGGUUAGAUGUCUGCGAGUCAGAGGGUGGAAUCUUGGUUGCACAGCAAUUGCUACACAAACGUCCAUUAUUGGUUGCUCAAAUGGUUGAAGAGUGGCUAAAUCAUUAUCGUCGGUUGGCGCAAAUGACAUCUGCGCCGUUCGCAAGGCCGAUACCCAUUCAAGAUUAUUCGAGCGAUGGCGACACAGAUGACGAAUAACGAAAAUGGAAAUCCGUGUUGCGUAACGCGUAAUAGUAUAUGUAGAUGUGCUUACUUAGUACCUUGAUUAAAUUCGAAUAUUUUGAUGAAGUAGGUUCACUAGGUCGAGUCGAAAUUUCUGCCAAUCACCACGCUACUUACAAUAACUUUUAUUUGUGGUCAAACUAAUUUCAACUUUUCAGUUUACACACUGACAUAUUCAAAGGUAAAUAAUAUCCACAAUUAACACAGUACAAAUCCAGUUACUUAAGUUGGAACAAAGCUUUAUACUCGAAAAGUCUACGUUAUUGGCUGUUAACCAAAGUGUAAAUUAUGCAAACCAAAUUAAAUUGUCAUUAGACGAUGCAAGUAUUAUACUUUAGAUGUCAAUUGAGUAUGUGUAUACAUUGGGCCUAUGCGGAGUUGUUAUCGUUACGAAUAAAUUUCCUUUUUUUUUUCAAUUAGCGUUUCUUAGACUUGUUAACUUUUUUAUAAUUAAUUCGUCAAUUAUGAAUUCAAUUUAGUUUGCAAAAUCUGUUUAAAUAAAAGCAAAAGUUGUAGAGGUGCUGCUGUGAAUAUAGUUGAAAGUUAAUGCCUGGUAUAAUUUUUGACAAUUCUGUACCUUCAUAUUUUUUAAAAAAGAAGCUUCCUGUAGCUCUAUACACUACAAUUAAUUCAUUUUUGUUGUACUUUUAUUUUCAUUGUAAAUAGGGGAUGUUGUAAGACUAGCUGUAUUAUAAUUAAUAUUUAAUUUUUUUUAUUGAUGUUACUACGUUCGCAAUUAUUGGUAUACCUUUUUCUGGGUUUAGUUUCUCUUAAUUUUGCUGCCGUAGUCAAACUCUUCAGUUACAACUUUAAGAAUCUAUUGAAAGUAGUUAAUGAAAUUUUUCAGAAUAUUAAAAUAUAUUAUAUUGU